AUUUCACAAGGUUCGUAGGACGCCACGUACCCUGUCUUCUAAACAACGUCAUGGACAUCUAACGUCGAUUCACAUAUAUGUCGAUUCAUAUUGCCUCAAAUCUUCUAAACAACACCAUCAGAAUAUGUUUUUUUGCACCGCUUCCAGGAAAACACGAUGCUUCCAAUCAACAUGACGACGAAUGCACUUCUUCAAGACAAAGAGGGUGUAUAUAUUAUGCCAUAUUCUCUCCAUCAAGAUCAAUCCGAUUCAAUUUCUAUUUCCCUCUUUUACUCACAGGGCUUUGAUAACUUAACGCCUGACUGGUAUAUAUCUCCAGUAAAUUUAGGUGAAGGCAUACGACACGGGGAUGUAACAAGGGUAAAUUUCACAAAGCCCGACAGUAUUCACGUCUUAGGGAAUCAAACAACUUCUAGAGAUAGCAUGAAGAAUGUUGGUGCUCCAAAAAGUGCUUCUACUUGAAUGGUUUAUUGUUUUUUGAUAUAUUCUUCUGAUUUCUGAACCGGUGAUUUCGAUUUUUAGAUGUUUUUACUUAAAGGGUUUGGAAUAUAGAUUUAGAUCUUGGAUUGGACCUAAUUUGGGUUUUGGAAGGAUUCUGAUUUUUUGUUAAAGUUUCACAUAAUGGGCACCUUGGAUGAUGGUUUGAGCAACAACUAAAGACUUUAGCCAUUGAAGAUGUUGUGAAGGUUUUGUUGCAGAGUUUGGGUGAAGACAUCAAUAGAGGUCUUAGGAAGAAACAUCUUCAUGUCGCUAAAACCCUUCAUGAAAGAACUCGAGUGUAAAGGCGGAUUGCUUUGUAAAGUAUUUGAAAGUAUGUCAUGUUUUUGUUACCGACUUACCGUACAUGCUAAUGUUGGGCUUCUUCAUGGCUGUUGUGGGUUAUAAAAGAAUAUCGAGCAAUGGAGGGUUGGCAGUUCGUUAAUUUUGUGGAAAACAGUAAUGGAUCAAAGAACCAUAUGAAUAUGUUAG